AUGCCUCAUAUACUCGUCACCGGUGCUUCCGGCUUUCUAGGACAAGCAGUUGUGACGGCGAUACAAGAUAUACAUCCAGACUGGACAUUGACGAAUUUGGAUCUACGGCCACCGCCGGUUCGUCAACCCAAAGUCACCUACAUCCAAGCAGAUAUAACGCAAGCCACCGAAGUGGAUAAUGCGAUACGCAAAGCCAAUCCAGAUGCCAUGGUCAACGUGGCUGGCUGGGUGCCCAAUGGCUCUUUACGAUACAGCAACUCCAAAGCCUUGCGAGACAAAACCUUUGCCAUAAACCAUCUCGGAACCCUAAACGUUCUAUCUGCAGCCCAAAAGACAAAAUGCAAAGCUUUUGUGCAGACAUCUAGCUGUACCGUGAUAUCGGACGAUCAAGACCACGAUUUUCCAAACAUGAAAGAGGAUUUGCCGAUCGGGCAUGCCACUCUAGCCUAUGGAGCAAGCAAAGCACCAGCAGAACUAGCAGUCCUGGCUGCAAACACCACCGCCUUCAAGACCUGUGCUUUGCGCCCGGCAACCAUCAUCGGACCCGGAGACACCUACGGCGUGAUUGCCACAAUGCACACCUGCAUCGCCAAGGGCGAAACACCAUGGAUAAUCGGCACAGGCGACAACAUCUACGACUUUGUGUACAUUACCAACAUCGCAGAUGCCCAUCUGCUCGCACUCGAAAACUUGCUUGCGACCAAGCGUUUUCCCGAGUCGGCUGCUGGUCAUGCCAUGUUUGUUUCCAACCAGCAACCCGUGUACUUUCGCGACUUUAUGCUGGCGGUGUGGAGGCAGUUUGGUCAUGUGCCGCCGUUUCAGGUUGUUGUGCCUACGUCUUUGGCUUGGGUUGCUGGGUUGGUGGCAGAAGUAAAGACGUGGGUGUCUGGCUCAAAAGCUAGUACGUUGAGUCGAGGGAGUGUUAGGGAUGCUGUGGGGACUAGGUAUGCCAGUAAUGAAAAGGCGAGACGGGUGUUGGGAUACUAUCCACGAGUUGACUUUGUGGAUGCCGUCAGAUUGGCCUGUGAGGUGANNGACUACAAACGCAUAUUGGCUGAGAAGGAGAAGAUUGUUGACAAUGAUGGUGUCAAGACGGGCUAG